AUGAUAUUAAAAAGAAGUAUUAAGAAUACUUAUGUGUCAACAUUUUCUGGAUCAUUCGACAGAAGUAAACUUCUUAACUAUUCUAAAUCAUACUAUCAAGAAGCCAAUUGCAUCAAAAGCCAAGAAUGGGAUUUUAGAGGUGAUUCAAAGACUAUGAAAAUUGCAACUUCAAAGGGCGAUGCAAAUGAUACUACAAAAAAUUAA